ACAAGUUCCGACCAUAAUUUUGUUUUACGCCCCUGACUCUUACUGUAACACCAAUUUACCUUUCUCUCUCUAAAAUCCAAUCUCUUUCUCUCUCUCUAGGGUUUCAUCAUCAUCAUCCAUAUAUUAUCUCUCCCAUUUCCCACAAAUUGAAAAUGGAAGCGACACGCACAGCGUUAAACUUAACGGCAACUGUUCUUCCGUCAUCUGCUCGUUCGUGCAAGCCUUCAAUGUUCGUCGGAAGAUCCUCUGUCUCGCUUUUUCGUUCCAAUUUACCGCUGUCCUGUAAGCUGCACACUUCUGUACCUAACUCCAAGCAAGGCAAUGGGAGGAAACUUUCUGUUGGAAAUAGAAGGGGUCUUGUAGUUAGAGCUGAAUCAUCGUCUGCAGAGUCAUCUAGAUCAAGUUCUAAUAUUGCCCCAUUAAAGCUCGAGUCUCCAGUAGGGCAGUUUCUCUCUCAGAUUUUGGUUAGUCACCCACAUCUCAUGUCUGCUGCAGUAGAGCGGCAGCUAGAGCAAUUCCAAACCGAUCGUGAUGGUUAUGAACAAAAGGAAAAGCCUUCUGCUUCAGGAACUGACUUAGUUUUGUACAGGAGAAUUGCUGAGGUAAAGGCGAAAGAGAGGAGAAAAGCUAUAGAAGAAAUAGUGUACACAUUGGUAGUGCAGAAAUUUAUGGAUGCCAAUGUUUCUUUAGUACCCUCCAUAACGGCAAAUCCAUCUGGUCAAGUCGAUUCAUGGCCAAGCGAAGAUGGAAAACUAGAGGAUCUUCACUCGCCUGAAGCCUAUGAAUUGAUCCAAAGCCACUUGGCUCUCCUUCUCGGCAACCGAUCAGGGGAUUCAAAAUCUGUAGCUCAGAUCAGCAAACUAAGGGUAGGACAGGUCUAUGCUGCGUCAGUAAUGUACGGGUACUUUCUCAAGCGUGUUGUCCAACGGUUCCAGCUGGAAAAGACAAUAAAAAAUCUACCUGAUGCAGCAGAAGAGAAUACUAUUAGCCAAACUUUGGAAGAUGAAACAAGAAACGCUGGUCUUGAGUUCCCUUCUCAAGUUAUGUCCCACCCCGAAGUCCCUGCUUGGCUUGAGAGUGGCAUCAGUUCAGGUGCAAAUGAUCAGGAGAUAACAGUGUCUAGGUUGCGGUCCUAUAUGAUGUCCUUUGAUAUCGAGACAUUACAGAGAUAUGCAACGAUUAGAUCCAAAGAGGCCGUCAGCAUCAUUGAGAAUCAUACUGAAGCAUUGUUUGGUAGACCGGAAAUUGUUAUAACACCUGAGGGGAAAAUCAACUCUUCGAAAGAUGAAAUCAUCAAAAUUCGCAUCGGUGGUUUGAAAAGACUUGUUUUAGAAGCUGUUACUUUUGGUUCUUUUCUUUGGGAUGUUGAGAGCUAUGUUGACUCAAGGUACCAUUUUGUCCUAAACUGAGUUCUGCUUAGUCCAUGCAUUCCAAGGGGGGGAAUUUAUCCAUAUGACUUGGUACUGAGUACUACUGACCAAUUUUUAUUGGCACAAUUGAAAUCCAAAUACUUUUCACUGAUUGGUGUUGUAUAUAGUGGAUUUGGCUUUCAAUGAGAAUGAAAAGCUAUCUAUGAAGUUGGAUAUUUGCUUAUUAUCUGUUUAAGUUUUUGUUCGCACAUCAAAUCCUUCCUUACAAAUAAAUUCACAGCUUUUGUUAGA